UCCAGGCUGCUCCUGGAGUUCGAGCCCUUGCCGUCCGGAGGGAACGAGACCCUGGUGCUGCUGAACCGCAGCCAGACGCCGGACCCGCGCUACCGCGCGCGCGUCUCCAUGGGCAGCCGGCACUGGAGUCUGCACGCCGUGACGGUCGGAGACCAGGGGGUCUACAUCGUGCGCGACUGGGAGGGCAGAGAGCUGGACAGGGUGUGUCUGGUGCUGAGAGAGCCCACCCGCUACGCCGACCUGCCCUGGGGGGGCACCCUGAAGAUGGACCUGGCGCCGGGGGGCGCGGCCGCCAGCCUGCUCUUCACCCCCGACGGCGAGCGGGCCGCCCGCGUGCUGGUGCGCGACGGGGAGGUGGCCGACCUGCGCUACGGCCGGCGCCUCCUGCUGGAGGGAGGGCUGUGGGCCCUGCGGGAGCUAAAGCCGGCCGACGGCGGGCUCUACCAGAUCGCCGACCCGCAGGGCCGGGCCGUCGCCAGCAUCUACGCCAGGGUGCAAGCCUAUAAGCUCCCUCCUCUGUACGUGGCCAUCCUGUCGCUGCUGGGGGUGGUGGCCUUGCUGCUCUGCGUGUGCCUGGUGUCCUGCCUCUUCAGGAUCCGCCGCAGGGAGCUGAAGGCCAAGGCCAUCGCCAGGAUCGCCCAGGAGGCCGGCAAGGGCGACGGAGAGGCGUUCCGCCAGGUCGUCCAGGAGGUGUACACCCGCCAUGUUGCUGAUGUCCUGUCCUCACAUUCCCAGGGCCCUGAGGCUUCCAAAACGACCCGUUACCACGCGCUGGCCGACGAGAAGAACUUCCUGGAGUCCAGCGAGCCGGAGUGCGACUUCCACGGCGCCGCCGCCGCCGCCGACACCUCCGCCGCCGCCGCCGCGCUGCCCCUGGAGAGCGACACCGACCUGUCCGCCACCUUCACCUCCGCCAAGCUCAACUUCGGCCCCGCGGACUGCUAG